CGAAGUAAUCUUUUUAUUCUUGCGAUGAAAUGGCACUCGAAUUUUCGUUGCGACAUACUCUAGUGAAUUUAAUUUGAAUUUUGUAAUUCUUAGAAUAGUUUUUUGAUUUUCAUUACUUUAAUCGAUUCGACAUUAAUAUUAGUAUAAUCGAUCAUAAUACAAUUUUUGGAAUAGAUAGAGGAUCGUUUCCAAAAAAAUGUCAACAUUGUCCAGCUAUUAAAAAUUGAGAAUGUGUUAAGAGGUUUCAGUUGAUUCUGGAUUCCUGCCUAAAAUAAAAGGAUUGAAAUAUGGUCUCAACAAGGCAAAUGACAAUAGGGAACAAUGGGGCUGUGGAAGGAAACCAACUUCCCAGUGACGGACCUGCAAAAUUUACUAGGAACAGUACUACUUCGAUGGCUGGGUGUAGUGGGACUGUGCCAUAUUCCAAGAUACUCACACCCCCGGUGCAAACAGUGUAUUUUUUGGAUCUCCCACAAGAAAUUUUGGAGAAAAUAUUCGGCUACUUACCAUUUAGGAAUAUCUGUCAGAUGAGAUUGAUAUGUCGCACGAUUGACCAAGUGUGCAGCCAAAUUUUAAAUUCAACCUUCCUCCGACUCCAAAACCAAAUGCUGGCAAGAUAUCAAGAUAUUAAAGCUAAGAUGCCAAGGAGAGAAUCUGCAAGACGCAGUCAUCAUCUUGCUUGCGAAAGUGACAUUAUUGAAACGCUCCACAUGCGUCUCACUUUGCUGCAGAUGUCAUUUGGAAAACACAUUGAAAGAAGACAUUGUUGUUUUUUUCCUGGAGAAAUUCUCGAUGAGGUGUAUCAUAUACUCAAUUACAUUAAAGUUACACCCAAGCUGGAUUUGCCUUACAAGGUCACUGAUGAGUUGUUUGAUCUCUCGACAAUGGCCAUGGAAUAUUUCAAAGAAAAAAUUGAACCCAAUUUACCUGAAAUAGCAUAUUUCAGUUCAGAUUUUUUGAAUUUCUCUGGAAGUUUCGCCAAUUCAUCGGCUCUAUCCUCGGAAGUGUCCAAAGAUAGUGGUCAUGCUUCAACAGAUGAGCUGGAGAGUGGAGAGGACAUGGUUGAGACCAUACCUCAAUCGAACAUGGUUCUGCGAAAACGCAUCAGAAAGAUUAAGCAAGGUAUGAAGCGUUACAACAGCCAGUUGAGUCUUCUACGUCAAGAUCUGCGAUCCUGCAGGAAGAAGACAUCUGACCAACAGAAACAAAUUUCUGAACAGCAGAAGCAGCUGGCCGAUCAACAGAAACAAACCGUCGAGUACGCGACCAGAUUGGAUGACUAUGAUAAGAAAAACGAAGAGAUCUCACGCAAGUUCAGUACUCUAUUGCAAGAAUUGAACAAAUGCAAAACAGAAUUGCAAUACUGGAGGUGUAGGUCACCAUCCACAAACUCCAUCUGCAACAAUUGUGGCAAUGCCAUCCUGCCUCAGCCUGAUGAAUUGCAAGCUCUCAUGAACCAAGGAGUCAUUCCAGAAGGAUUAGGAAUUGAACAGCCAGUUGAGUUGGUAGUUGACGUGAAUAUUGCUUCACCAAAACAAACGGAAACGGAAGGAGAACCUUCUAAAGGCACCGACAAAAAGGUUUUGAUAACUGACCAACCCAGCACAUCAGUAGAAACGUCCCCGAGCAAAGCCAAAAGGAAAGUGGAAGAAGAACAGGUGGAACAGCCGAAGACAAAGACACGCCGUUUCAAUAAAAUUCGCAGCAAGCGCUGCGGAAAGGUUUGAGCAUUGCCGAUUAAUAUCAUUGAAGGGCAUACACUACAAAAAUAUGCUUCAUUAUCGUAGUUGAUGUGUAGCAGACCAGUUUGUGAGAUAGUUUAGAGAGUAAUUAGAGAAUAGGUAAGUCAACAAUUUUUGCUUAAGGACGUAAGGGAGGAUAACUAUAAAGAAAAUCAAAAUAUAUUCUAUUUGACACGCACAGUACUGUAUCAAAACUUUUACUUAAGAGGUUUAUUUUUUGAAGACAGUUUUUGGUUGGUAGGUUAUCUUUUAUUUUUGAAUGCUGUUUAGGUAAUACUUCAACAUGAAAAAUGAAUUAUUAGACAAAUUCUUGAAACUGGAUAAACUUUGUAUAAGUUGAAAAUCAUCAUCUCUGGGUAGAUUUGAUGUUGAAUUUGGUGUAAAGAAGUGCUUCUUUACAAAAAAUCAAUCGGAAAAAAAUUUAGUCUAUUUUAGAGUGCCGUCUUUGACUUUUUAUGAAAUUUCACAUUUCAACUAGACAUUCUCAUUAUUAUUAAUGAGUCAACUGUCUUGUGCAUUAUCCAACCACUAAAUAAGUAUAAACACUGUUUCAACAUCAGAAAAGAUUAUCUAAGAAAUGGUUAAAACUUUCUCUGAGACAAUUGUGAUGCCAGUGACUUCUGACAUCUUAUUACUUUCUCAUACCAGAAGGGACUUCUUUUUCUCUGUUAAAAAAAAGUAUGUAAUGAAACAAAACAGCACAUAGUAAAGAAUAUAACUUUGAAAGAACGAAGAUAUUGUAGACAAAAAAAUCCUCAAACAACAUAGUUUGUCUCACUCUAUUUUGGGUUAUGUUUGUUACAGGCAUUUUAUGCUUAUAACUGUAUAAGUAUUUGUUAAUAGAAAGGUGUAUAUUUAUUAAUUCCUAAUGAUUCACUUACUUCUUUAAGCUCUUAUUGUUUUUGGUGUAUCAUUUCUGAGAAACAUCAGCGACUGGUAAUGUGUGGAAAAAUUUUCCUCUCACCCUUUCCUACAUCCUAACAACUCGUUUUUAUAGUAAAAUUGCAACUCCAAGCACGUUUCAGGAAAAGUUUUUGCAUCAUUUCAAAGUCAGGUUUUCUAAUAAUCGAUUUCAUUAGUGGAUCUACUCAAUCAAAUCAAUUAUAUCUAUUGAAGAGUUCGAACAACUGAAAGUCUGUGAUUCAAUAACAUUACCGAAUAUAGGAAUUCAAGAAAAGUUCGAAAGUAAAAUAUGUAUUUGUGUUGUAUAUUCUUGAAUUGAGUUUCCUUUUUUCUUAUGUUCCAAAAAGAGGAGUUCAAGUUAUUAAAUUACACUGUAUUCAAAUUUGUAUCCUGACCUUCUGUCUACAGUAACUAGUUUUAGUCUAUUGAAAGUCUUUCAGAAUAUGUGAUUCCAAGAGCUUCUUGAUAAUAAAUUCCUAAAAUUGGAUCUACUUUUUUUGGAAUAUAUUUCAAUUCUUCAAAUUGCUUUUUAUAU